AUGGAGUUCCAGCGGAAGCAAAGCUACUUGGAAAUGCCAAUUGAAGUUGGUGUGAGGCUGCGGCCCGUGCUGGAGACGGACGACCCGCCGUCGGACGAGCGGGUCGAGCUGCUGCCCGGCGGCCAGGUCACGGUCGAGGGCCAUCUGUUCGAGCCGACCUUCUGCCUGCCGGCGUCCGUCAGCCAGCAGGACCUCUACUUGGCCGCCAUCGAGCCACAAGUCGAGAUGAUGCUCCAAGGCUACAACGUGGCAGUGGUGGCGUUUGGCCAGACGGGCUCGGGCAAGACCUACACCCUGGUCGGCCCGGACGCCACGUUCGCCAUGACCGAGGCCGAGUUCGGCAUCCUGCCGCGCGCCGUGCGCCACGUGUUCGCCGCUCUGAAGCAGACGGCAGACGAGGCGGUCGAGCACGCCUGCACCGUGCGCGCCAGUUACUUGGAGGUGGGCCAGGAGGAGGUCCGCGACCUGCUCAACUACGAGGCCGUCAGCUACCACCUGGACGUGCAGUUCGACUCGCAGGGCUCGCCGGUGGUGCCAGAACUGACGCGGCUGGAGUGUUCGUCGGUGGCUGAGGUGCUGCACUGCCUCGAGUCCGGCUCCUCGAUGCGCCAGGCCGGCUCCACGGCCGCCAGUGACCUGCAGGCGCACACCGUCUUCACCGUGUGCGUCGACCAGGAGUGGGCCGACGGCCCGCUGCUGCACGAGACGUCUUCGGCGCUGCACUUUGUCGAGCUGUCGGGCUCGGAGCUGCAGCCAGCGCUCGACGACCCGGACGACUUCACCAUCAACGCCGGCCUGCUGGCGCUGGCCGAUGUGACGGAGGCGCUCGCCCGCCGCCGUCGGACGUGA